UGCUACAUCUACGACACUCCUCAACCGACCUUUGACAGCCCCUCAGAAGGAUCCCCCACCACACCAUGGACCACCGUGCAGGUCACCCGGAACCAACCCAAAGGUAAGGGACGGUAGCCUGUUUGUGCUGUUUUGCUAUCUCCUAUGGUCAUUGUCAUGACAAACAAUUAUCAUAGGAAGACUGCACAAACAGAUCUGGGGCCAGGCUACAGCGACAGGGGUAGUAAUAGUAUUAUUAAGGGAGCUUAGAGUAGCAUAUUGUCUUGAUGAAAAACAAAAUCCCUCCUUAGCUCUCGCCACAUCACACACACAUACAUACACUACAUGGCCAAAACGAUGUGGACACUCCUUCAAAUUGGUGGAUUCGGCUAUUUCAGCCACAGACGUUGCUAACAGGUGUAUAAAAUCGAGCACACCACCAUGCAAUCUCCAUAGACAAACACUGGCAGUAGAAUGGCUCAGUGACUUUCAACGUGGCAUUGUCAUAGGAUGCCACCUUUCCAACAAGUCAGUUUGUCAAAUUUCUGCUCUGCUAGAGCUGCCCCGGUCAACUGUGAGUGCUGUUAUUGUGAAGUGGAACAAUCUAGGAGCAACAACGGCUCAGCCCCCAGUGGUAGGCCACACAAGUUCACAGAACAGGACCGCUGAGUGCUGAAGCGCGUAGCAACACUCACUACCGAGUUCCAAACUGCCUCUGGAAGCAAUGUCAGCACAAGAACUGUUCGUUGGGAGCUUCAUGAAAUGGCUUUCCAUGGCCGAGCAGCAGCACACAAGCCUAAGAUUACCAUGCGCAAUGCCAAGCGUCAGCUGGAGUGGUGUAAAGCUGCCGCCAUUGGACUCUGGAGCAGUGGAAACGCGUUCUCUGGAGUGAUGAAUCACGCUUCAUUGUCUGGCAGUCAGAUGGACUAAUCUGGGUUUGGCGGAUGCCAGGAGAACGCUACCUGCCCUAAUGCAUAGUGCCAACUGUAAAGUUUGGUGGAGGAGGAAUAAUGGUUUGGGGCUGUUUUUCAUGGUUUGGGCUAGGCCCCUUAGUUCCAGUGAAAGGAAAUCUUAACGCUACAGCAUACAAUGGCAUUCUUGACGAUUCUGUGCUUCCGACUUUCUGGCAACAGUUUGGGGAAUGACCUUUACUGUUUCAGCAUGACAAUGCCCCCGUGCACAAAGCGAGGUCCAUACAGAAAUGGUUUGUCGAGAUCAGUGUGGAAGAACUUGACUGGCCUGCACAGAGCCCUGACCUCAACCCCAUCAAACACCUUUGGGAUGAAUUAGAACGCAGACUGUGAGCCAAGCCUAAUCACCCAACAUCAGUGCCCAACGUCACUAAUGCUCUUGUGGCUGAAUGGAAGCAAGUCCCCACAGCAAUGUUCCAACAUCUAGUGGAAAGCCUUCUCAGAAGAGUGGAGGCUGUUAUAGCAGCAAAGGGGGGACCAACUCCAUAUUAAUGCUCAUGAUUUUGGAAUGAGACGUUCGACGAGCAGGAGUCCACAUACUUUUGGCUAUAUAGUGUAUAUACACAAACACACAAAGGAACCAGUCCUUUUUAUCAGGGCUGCUCAGAUUAACUGGCCUUGCCAAGUGCUCCAAGUAUGACCUUUAAGGGUUAAAUAUAGCAACAUAAAGGGGUAGAGAGAGGGUUACACAGACACAAACACACACUUGUAAUGACCCUCUCUCUAUUCGUCACUGGGGUGGAAUGAGGAAUUGUCGUAUAAUAACACUUCACAUUUGACAAGGGACGUAGUGUUCUAUGUAACAUCGACACAUUACUUUGAGUUAUAUAAAAGGCUGACUUGUAUCUGAUCUUUUAAGAUACACUACCGGUCAAAAGUUUUAGAACACCUACUCAUUCAAGGGUUUUUCUUUAUUUUUACUAUUUUCUACAAAUAACACAUAUGGAAUCAUGUAGUAACCAAAAAAGUGUUAAACAAAUCAAAAUAUAUUUUAUAUUUGAGAUUCUUCAAAUAGCCACCCUUUGCCUUAUGACAUCUACUUUGUGCAUGACACUAGUCAUUUUUCCAACAAUUGUUUACAGACAGAUUAUGUCACUUAUAAUUCACUGUAUCACAAUUCCAGUGGGUCAGAAGUUUACAUACACUAAGUUGACUGUGCCUUUAAACAGCUUGGGAAAUUCCUGAAAAUGAUGUCAUGGCUUUAGAAGCUUCUGGUAGGCUAAUUGACAUAAUUUGAGUCAAUUGGAGGUGUACCUGUGGAUGUAUUUCAAGGCCUACCUUCAAACUCAGUGCCUCUUUGCUUGACAUCAUGGGAAAAUCAAAAGAAAUCAGCCAAGACCUCAGACAAAAAAUGGUAGACCUCCACAAGUCUGGUUCAUCCUUGGGAGCAAUUUCCAAACGCCUGAAGGUACCACGUUCAUCUGUACAAAUAAUAGUACGCAAGUAUAAACACCAUGGGACCACGAGCCAUCAUACCGCUCAGGAAGGAGACGUGUUCUGUCUCCUAGAGAUGAAUGUACUUUGGUGCGAAAAGUGCAAAUCAAUCCCAGAACAACAGCAAAGGACCUUGUGAAGAUGCUGGAGGAAACAGGUACAAGAGUAUCUAUAUCCACAGUAAAACGAGUCCUAUAUCGACAUAACCUGAAAGGCCGCUCAGCAAGGAAGAAGCCACUGCUCCAAAACCGCCAUAAAAAAGUCAGACUACGGUUUGCAACUGGACAUGGGGACAAAGAUCAUACCUUUUGGAGAAAUGUCCUCUGGUCUGAUGAAACAAAAAUAUAACUGUUUGGCCAUAAUGACCAUUGUUAUGUUUGGAGGAAAAAGGGGGUGCCUUGCAAGCCGAAGAACAUCAUCCCAACCGUAAAGCACAGAGUUGGCAGCAUCAUGCUGUGGGGGUGCUUUGCUGCAGGAGGGACUGGUGCACUUCACAAAAUAGAUGGCAUCACGAGGAAGGAAAAUUAUGUGGAUAUAUUGAAGCAACAUCUCAAGACAUCAGUCAGGAAGUUAAAGCUUGGUCGCAAAUGGGUCUUCCAAAUGGACAAAUACUUCCAAAGUUGUGGCAAAAUGGCUUAAGGCCAACAAAGUCAAGGUAUUGGAGUGGCCAUCACAAAGCCCUGACCUCAAUCCUAUAGAACAUUUGUGGGCAGAACUGAAAAAGCGUGUGCGAGCAAGUAGGCCUGCAAACCUGACUCAGUUACACCAGCUUUGUCAGGAGGAAUGGGCCAAAAUUCACCCAACUUAUUGUGGGAAGCUUGUGGAAGGCUACCCGAAACGUUUGACCCAAGUGAAACUAUUUAAAGGCAAUGCUACCAAAUACUAAUUGAGUGUAUGUAAACUUCUGACCCACUGGGAAUGUGAUGAAAUAAAUAAAAGCUGAAAUAAAUAAUUCUCUCUACUAUUAUUCUGACAUUUCACAUUCUUAAAAUAAAGUGGUGAUGCUAACUGACCUAAAACAGGGAAUUUUUACUAGGAUUAAAUGUCAGGAAUUGUGAAAAACUGAGUUUAAAUGUAUUUGGCUAAGGUGUAUGUAAACAUCUGACUUCAACUGUACAGUGCCUUGCAAAAGUAUUCAUCCCCCUUGGCGUUUUUUCCUAUUUUGUUGCAUUACAACCUGUAAUUUAAAUAGAUUUUUAUUUGGAUUUCAUGUAAUGGACAUACACAAAAUAGUCCAAAUUGGUGAAGUGAAAUGAAAAAAAUAAAGUGGUGCGUCCAUAUGUACAGUGAGGGAAAAAAGUAUUUGAUCCCCUGCUGAUUUUGUAAGUUUGCCCACUGACAAAGAAAUGAUCAGUCUAUAAUUUUAAUGGUAGGUUUAUUUGAACAGUGAGAGACAGAAUAACAACAAAAAAAUCCAGAAAAACGCAUGACAAAAAUGUUAUAAAUGUAUUUGCAUUUUAAUGAGGGAAAUAAAUAUUUGACCCCUCUGCAAAACAUGACUUAGUACUUGGUGGCAAAACCCUUGUUGGCAAUCAGAGGUCAGACGUUUCUUGUAGUUGGCCACCAGGUUUGCACACAUCUCAGGAGGGAUUUUGUCCCGCUCCUCUUUGCAGAGCUUCUCCAAGUCAUUAAGGUUUCGAGGCUGACGUUUGGCAACUCGAACCUUCAGCUCCCUCCACAGAUUUUCUAUGGGAUUAAGGUCUGGAGACUGGCUAGGCCACUCCAGGACCUUAAUGUGCUUCUUCUUGAGCCACUCCUUUGUUGCCUUGGCCGUGUGUUUUGGGUCAUUGUCAUGCUGGAAUACCUGUCCACGACCCAUUUUCAAUGCCCUGGCUGAGGGAAGGAGGUGCUCACCCAAGAUUUGACAGUACAUGGCCCCGUCCAUCGUCCCUUUAAUGCAGUGAAGUUGUCCUGUCCCCUUAGCAGAAAAACACGCCCAAAGCAUAAUGUUUCCACCUCCAUGUUUGACGGUGGGGAUGGUGUUCUUGGGGUCAUAGGCAGCAUUCCUCCUCCUCCAAACACGAGUUGAGUUGAUGGCAAAGAGCUCGAUUUUGGUCUCAUCUGACCACAACACUUUCACCCAGUUCUCCUCUGAAUCAUUCAGAUGUUCAUUUGCAAACUUCAGACGGGCCUGUAUAUGUGCUUUCUUGAGCAGGGGGACCUUGCGGGCGCUGCAGGAUUUCAGUCCUUCACGGCGUAGUGUGUUAGCAAUUGUUUUCUUGGUGACUAUGGUCCCAGCUGCCUUGAGAUCAUUGACAAGAUCCUCCCGUGUAGUUCUGGGCUGAUUCCUCACCGUUCUCAUGAUCAUUGCAACUCCACGAGGUGAGAUCUUGCAUGGAGCCCCAGGCCGAGGGAGAUUGACAGUUAUUUUGUGUUUCUUCCAUUUGCGAAUAUUCACACCAACUGUUGUCACCAAGCUGGUUGGCGAUGGUCUUGUAGCCCAUUCCAGUCUUGUGUAGGUCUACAAUCUUGUCCCUGACAUCCUUGGAGAGCUCUUUGGUCUUGGCCAUGGUGGAGAGUUUGGAAUCUGAUUGAUUGCUUCUGUGGACAGGUGUCUUUUAUACAGGUAACAAACUGAGAUUAGGAGCACUCCUUUUAAGAGUGUGCUCCUAAUCUCAGCUCGUUACCUGUAUAAAAUAAACCUGGGAGCCAGAAAUCUUUCUGAUUGAAAGGGGGUCAAAUACUUAUUUCCCUCAUUAAAAUGCAAAUCAAUUUUUAACAUUUUUGACAUGCGUUUUUCUGGAUUUUUUUGUUGUUAUUCUGUCUCUCACUGUUCAAAUAAACCUACCAUUAAAAUUAUAGACUGAUCAUUUCUUUGUCAGUGGGCAAACGUACAAAAUCAGCAGGGGAUCAAAUACUUAUUUCCCUCACUGUAUGAAGUAUACAAGCACCAAAAGCACAUUAGGCUACUCUUGUUCCAUGCACAUAUGGGCAGUGUGCGUCACGGCUGGAUAGGCUGCGUUUCUGCUGUCAAAAUUAAUGUCAUAACCAACUGCAUUACCGCUAAAACCAGCUUUUGGUUGGUCUUAAAUAUCCCUAUCAGCGCUGCCUGAAAUUAGCACUUUGGAUCAAGUUUUUAAGGACACUAUAUUUCCACCCCGCCCAUCUGAGCGCAAGCGAGCUGAUAUAAGACAGGUAAAUUACCAAACCUGGCUUUAGGGCUAGAAAAUGCUAGUACGGCAGUUUUUACAUGACGAAAUUGCUAAACUAACGUGCGUUUGACACUAGCGCCUUAAUGCCAGCCUAAAAUAGAGCCCUAUGUCUUUAAACAACCAUCUCUGAUUACAAGAUUCAAGAUUGACCCAUGUUAGAACUUUCAACAGAUGUUUUUAACAGACCACUUGUUGGGCUUAGCAUUUCCUUUAGAGAUUAAAAUGUUUUUAAAGGAAUGGGUGGGGUAGUUGUUGAUUGUUCAAUGUUAUUAUUAUAAUUACUUAUAAUCUGUUGAAUUUUGCCUUUUGCAAAACAUUGUAAACCCAAACUUUCUGUUAUGUAUCAUGUCACUGUUCAAUCUGAAAACUCUCAAUUUAUGCUAAAUGAUGUAAAUGUAAAUGUAAAUAUGUGUUUGGUUAACCUGAAUAGAUACAUUGUGUAUUUUGAAUAAGUAUGUAAAGUAAGAGAUUCAAUUUAUUUUAGCAGCUGGACUUGGAAAGGGAAAGGGGUAUGUUGAGUUUGUGUCUGUUGGGGUGGUCUUAUAUUUGCUGUCUGGUAACUUGCAGAAAACCUAUCUGUGAGUUUAUGUAGGGUUAACUUAUGAGUUUAAUUGAGGCUGACUUAAUUGUUUCUGUUGGUUGAACUUAUGAAUAACCUCUAGCUACUGUUGUUUCUCCAGUUCCUCCCCCUCAGACCAGGAUGUUUGCUGGAGAGACCUCACUCUGUCCUGGCUGUGGAAAAGUGGUCUAUUUUGGUACGUUUUGGUCAGACUGUUCAUGAUUGAUUUAUGAUAUAAACGUUGAUCACUCAAAUGUGCAUUCUAUAUUUUUUAUACAUAUAUUUUUGUAUAUGUUUUUUUUACAUGUGCUUUCUUAUGUUUAUUUUCUAUGUUGUACUGAUAGUUCAAGCGGUCACUUAGCGGACCUAUUAUAUUUUCAAAGUGACAUUUUUGGAAUGUGAUCCCUGUGGGAAUUGAACCCAAGACCUCAAUGUGGUAAUCACCAGGUUUUUACUAACUGAUCCACACAGAACCUUGUACACUGUUUAUUAAUUAUCCUGACAUGCCAGCUGAAUUCGGUAAUCGUAGUGAUGUGUUUGUCUGUUUGUCUCUGCAGCAGAGAAGGUGAUGUCCCUGGGUAGGAACUGGCACCGACCAUGCCUGCGCUGUGAGAGGUGUAAGAAGACACUGACCUCUGGUGGACAUGCUGAGGUAUUACAUCCACAUUAUUACUGUCUACUACAAUUACUGAUGACCGAAGCGAGGGCUGCUUUUAAGAUCCACAUCAGUGCUUCUGUGUCGAAAUUCACAUGUAAGGUUAUUUGAUUUGAUGUAUUUUAUUAUUAAAGUGUCUUGCAUUUUCAGGAUGCCUAGCCCACAUGGACUUAUAAGACAAUCUGAAGAUGCAUUGAUGUUGGUCAAUUAAAUCAUACGGAAUUAAACCAAUAUAACUGUAUUCAUCCCCUCAGGGAGGGGCAAUUAAGAAAAGCUAAAUGCCCCCAUCAUUUAUGUCUUAUUCUGACAAAUGCUAGGGUCAUGACAAAGAAUGGGUUUCCCAAGAAUAAUAUCUCAAUCAAAUUUCAAAACUAAAACAUGACAUUGCUGAUGUUUCCCUUGUUGCAGCAUGAAGGGAUACCUUACUGCCACGUCCCUUGCUACGGCAUCCUGUAUGGACCAAAAGGAGUGAACAUCGGCAAGGUGGGCUGUUACAUCUAUGAGAAAGAAGACAUGGAGCAAACUGAAAUACCCAGCCAGUCCUAA